GUUUCCAAACAACAUCCCUUUUCACAGAACUACAGGCUGUGUAGCUAGCUACUUACUUCCUCAUCAUCUCAACUAAAAAGUUGUCGGCUGAAUAAAUGUAUUCCUACUUUGUUUAUCUGACAUUUUAGCUAGAUGAUUAGAUGCUGUAGUUACUUACUCCAUUGAUAUUAUAACUAAGAGGUCGCGUUGGAGAGGUCACUAGAAAACAAAAAUGGACAACAGUGGUUUUCCUAACGUUAGACAAAAGACAAUCACUCUUGUGAUAAAAACACCGAAUCAAGCCCACGGGGAUCAAACGAUUGAAGGAGUUGACACGGACUGGACAGUGAAAGAGUUGAAGAAUCAUUUAUCGAGGGUGUACCCAAACAACCCGACUGAAAGCGAUCAGAGACUCAUUUACUCUGGCAAGCUGCUCCCAGACCAACUGCAUGUCAGAGAUAUUUUCAGAAAGACGGACCUAACACCCACUGUGCACCUGGUGUGUGCAGUCAGAACUCAGCCCAGAGGUCCACUAGGAGCAAGACCAAAGGUCAGAGAGCCAGAACCACAACCCUCUGCCAUGCCAACCAGACAGAACCCAGAGGGUGCCACCCCAGCCCCAUCUGUGCCCACUGAACCAGAGCUGAGACAACGCAGGUACACUUCCACCUCUCCCGCCCCACCCGCAUGGCCUGGCACUACAACGCCAGGGGCAGCAGAGAUAACCAACCCAACCUUCCCCACCUACUCCCUCUACAGCCCUCAACAGCUGCUCUGGCUGCAGCACAUGUAUGCUCGCCAAUACUACAUGCAGUACCAUGCAGCCUACGCAGCAGCAGCUUCUGCCCCCUUUGCCCCAGCCGCAGGCCCAUCCCUGCCUGCUGCUCCCCACCAAGCCGCUGUCCCAGCAGCCCUGCCCAAUCAGGCUCCCAUUGACAACCUGCCAGCCAAUCAGAAUGCGCAGGACGGCGCCUUUAUCAACCCGGGAGCAGCCAAUCAGAACCUGAGGAUGAAUGCCCAGGGUGGGCCUGUGAUGGAGGAUGAGGAGGAAAUGGAUCGUGAUUGGCUGGACUGGGUGUACACGGCUGCCCGUCUGGGAGUGUUUCUCAGUAUUGUCUACUUCUACUCCAGCCUGAGCCGCUUCGCCCUUGUCAUGAGCAGCCUGCUCCUUAUGUACCUGCACACAGCAGGCUGGUUCCCCUUCAGACAAAGGCCCCUGGUCAGAGGUCCAAACAACCAGGUCCCUGAGGUCAUCCAGAACCAGGACAGGAACCCAGUGCCACCGGCGGAGGUCCCUGCAGGAGAAGAGGGUGCCGAGGCAGAGGUUGGACCUGAUGAACCACACCCCCUGACUGCAGUACCUGUGCCUCAACACAGGGUGUCCAUCGUUUGGAGUGCCUGGAUCUUCUUCAAAGCCUUCUUUGCCUCCCUCAUCCCAGAGGCCCCGGGAGUGGCUAACUGAAUAAUCGACUCUUCCAGCAGGCACACUGGAACUGAAGUUACCCUCAGUAUCAGACCUGCCUCUCUGUCACGGGAAGUCCUCUCUCUGGCCUUCUAGAUGGAUGCCUGGAUGGAUGCCUGGACAUUUUGUGAGAAAUCAUGAAUGAUUAAAAGCGUCAAUGCAUACAAAGCCCUGGCUGUAGUCUGUUAUGGGUGUGUGUUUAGGGAUAUGAUGAUUCAUUCGGCGCUUCCUGCCUUAUGAUAGUGACCAAAUGGUUGUAUAUACAGUACAGUACAUACACCUCGCUCUGCCAAAUGGUUGUAAAUGCUGUAAAUGUUUAUUGGAACAAAACAUUUAAAUAUUAUUGUAUUGUAUGUACACAGCACUUUACUAAACUUAUCUUAUUAUUAGGGCUGGGACAAUACUAAUAUCGCAAUAUUGUUUCCAUUGCAAAAAUGUAAACACGAAGCAGAUCAAACUCUUUGGCCCUUUAAAAACCUUCUGUAUGUAAAAUAUUGACUGCUUUAUCUUGGAAAAUAAAUAAAUGUGAUUCUGGAUGAGUAGUAAUGUACACUCAGCAGCCAGUUUAUUAGGAACACCCAUCUAGUGCCGAGUCAGACCCCUUUUGCCUCCAGAACAGCCUGAAUUUUCAGGGUCAUGGAUUCUACAAGGUGUGGCGUUCAAAUAUUACUCAAUUGGUAUCAAUGGACCUGAUGUGUGCUAGGGAAACCAUUCCCCACACCAUUACACCACCGCCACCAGUCUGUACCGUUGACACCAGGUAGGAUAUCAACGUAGUCAGACUCAUGUUGCUAAAUGCCAGAUCUUGACUUUGCCAUCAGCAUGACUCAACAGGAACCGAGAUUUGUCGGACCGGGCAAUGUUUUUUCACUCCUCAAUUGUUCAAUGUUUGUGAUCGCGUGCCCACUGGAGCCGCUUCUUCUUGUUUUUAGCUGAUAGUAGAAACCGGAUGGGCUGCAAAAUUCCAUCCGUGACAAGGACCGACGAGUUGUGCGUUCCGAAAUGCCGUUCUGUACACCACUUGUACUGUGCCAUUAUUUGCCAGUUUGUGGCCUGCCUCGUAGCUUGCACGAUUCUUGCCAUUCUCCUACGACCUCUCAUCAACGAGCUGUUUUCGCCCACAGGCCUGCCGCUGACUGGAUGUUUUUUCCCCCGCACCAUUCUCAGUUAACCCUAGACACUGUGGUGUGUGAAACGCCCUGGAGGCCGGCCGUUUCUGAGAACCGGCACGCAUGACACCGAAGAUCAUACCAUGCUUAAAGUCACUUAGGUCACUCGUUUUGCCCAUUCUAACAUUCAGUUGAACAGUAACUGAAUGCCUCGAUGACAGUCUGUCAGGAAGUGCAUCCUGUGUCACUUAGCUCACGUUGCGACCUGUUUCUUGCCUGCUUUAUAUAGCAGGCCACGGCCACGUGACUCACUGUCUGUAGGAGCAGGGGUUUCAUGAACGGGGUGGUGUACCUAAUAAACUGGCCACUGAUUGUAUGUUUCCAACAUACAUGGGGCUGUUUUCCGAAAUAGUUCAAUCCGCUUUGUGUUUUGUUUCUUUGCCACGAUACUAACGAGUAUCGCAAUACUGGUAUUGUGCCGGCCAUACUUAUUAUGCAAGCUUGCUUUAAUCUGGGUUAAAUUCUGAGAUGCUUAUAGUGCUGUAUGAUAAAAUAGUUUGUAUUGCUCUUGCUCAGAGAUGGAAGUGCUAUACAGGGUUGUGCAUGAGUAUUGAAUGUUUCUCUGGUUGUCUCAGAUGUGAAAUGGAAGGCAGUGUUAACAUAGUGUGGCUUUAAUUCAUUAGACUGGUUAAAGAUCUUCUGAAAGUUGAAUUAUGUUAAACACGGGAAUAUGCAGUUGUGUGGGGCUUGGGCCAGACUGUUUUUGCAAUUAAAAUGGAAUCAUGCAUAGCGACCUCGCUCCCUUGUUACACAAUGAGAAAAAUAUAUAUUGUGAUUCCUUUUGGAAUGCCUUUAACUGUACACAUACACUAAGUGUAAUUCCCCCCUAGUACGUUCUAAUGUGAUUUAUCUUUUUGUUUUUAUUUUGGUAAAACAGCUUUUUAAUGGAUGCUACUGUAUCAAGAAUAUUUUGUGGAGACUUGCAAUAAACUUACUUAUUUAAAAGGA